ACUCGGGUGUUGGUUGUGAAGCACACAUUUCAUUCUCACACCUUUAACAUCACCAUGAAGAUCUUCUGUCUCAUUUUACUUUGUCAUGGAAGCCUUCAGCUGCAGUGUGAUAAAAAGCAGAUCACAGCACAUAUUGGAGGCGAAUUCAUUCUUUCCUGCAAGUACAACACAAAGCAUUUCCUGUACAAUAAAAAGUACUGGUGUCGAGGGGAAUCCAGGAACACCUGUACGAUCUUAGUGCAUUCAGAACAUUUUGGUCAAAUCGCAGGCAGAUCCCUCGUCAUAGAUGCAAGAAGAAGAGGGUUGUUUGUGAAGGUCACAGAUCUGCAGUUUGAUGACACUGGAGCGUACUGGGUUGGGAUUGAUAAAGUAAACAGUGACAUCAUGACUUCAGUUAAUGUGCUCAUCACUGAAGUUCCGCUGUCCAAACCCAGACUGUGGCCUUUGACAUCUCUGGUGGAUGGGCCUACGUGCUGGGGGCGGCCGGUGACUGUGCGCUGCGGUUGUGAACAGGGCUCUGGUGUUCGCUACGCCUGGCAUCAGCGCACUCGCUUCAAAGACUCACUCCUCCACCUGUCAUCAGACUUGAAUCUUCACUGCAGCUCGCUAGGAGAGGACAGUGAUUAUUACUGCGUGGCCACCAACGCCCUGAGCAGUCAGGAGAGUGAGGUCCUCUCCGUGCAGGUCCUGAGGUCUGCACACAGCGGCUGUGUCUAUGUUUUGAAUCUGCAGGGCCAACCCAGUUAUGACUGUGCAGACAGGAUGUGCACCACCAGUGCCAGCACUCCAGCUUUGACCACCAAUGGGAAAAUCCACACAGAACCAGGAAACCAGCCUUUUCAAAUGAAUCACACUCGUCCUGAUCUCGGUUUGAAAAGGUUCCAGACAUGGGCACCACUCUGGUACACAUUUCUGCGUUGGGGUUAUUUGGCAACCUUACUGGUAUUUCUGUUCAUAGUUCUUAAAUGUACCACGACAAGACAAAGGAAAUGUCCCAAGAGGAAGAGAGAGGUUUAUUUCAAGCAAGUUCCGCACUCUGUUCAGUGACUUGCAUUAUGCAAAAGUAGAUGUUUCGAAGUAAAGUUUGAAUUUUGACAUUUGUUUUGCUCAGCUUGGUGCAGAGCCAAAUCGAAAUCCUGAUCCAGUGAAUAUAAAUGUGUUUUCAUAAGGAGGGAUGGGCUCUACUGGGUGACAUUCUUGUUUCCAUGUACAUAUUUUCAAUUACAGAUUUAUAUGACCUUUGACCACUGAAACAUCAUCAUUUUAUCUUUGAGCCCAAGCGACAAUUGAUCAAAAGUUGAAGAAAUUCCUACAAGAGGCCCAAAACAUGAAAAUGAAAAGUUAUAUUUGAGUAAUUAACAAACAUAGUAUGGGACAGACAGUAUUGAUAUUUCAAAACACUUUAACAUUGUCUCUGCCAUUCCCAGAAUAGACUUUUCAUUAUGGGACACCAGUAAUUAAAGCAUUGGCCUUAUAAUGCGGAUUAUAACUUUUGUAUGUAUUUAUAUUAUGUAUAAGUAUUGUUUUUUUUGUAUGAUGGUUGUUAAUG